AUGAUCAACUCGGCUGUGUCGUCAUCAUCAGAAAACAACAGUCAAAGCAACCAACCGAAAUUGCGGUCUCAGGUGAAGUUUCAUCCCGGUCAGAACUCAGUGAUGUACUUUUUCGAUUCUAAAACUAUCGAUCCAGAGGUAGACGACGUUUUUUGGAUCGUAAAAUGGAUCAACAAGAAAUUAUUUGCAGGGGAUAAAUGCAACUAUCUUAUUCGACGGAUCGAGGAACGGAAAUCACGAGGGCUGGUCAACCCGAAAGUCCUGGUGGUUGAUCGCGGGGACAGUAGCUCCUUUCACAAGACUGGAUGCCCAGAACGAAUUUCAGCACUGAUUGGACGACAAAAUCAUUACUUAGCAGUGCGAAACUUGGUGCAGAAUCGGAAUUAUGGCUGCCUAAGCAUGACCCAACCAACAUGUUUCGACGACAACAAACCCUUUAGAGAUCUGUAUGGUGAACCUUGGGACUAUUCACAGCUACCGUUUGCAAAGCACAUCCGGAAUGGGUGUAUUGCCAAAGUUGACUUUCCAGUUCGAGAAUCUCUGCAAUCAAGGAUCCAAGAUCGUUUGGACCAGUUGAAGGCAAGCACUCUUAGUGACAUUCAAACGAAAGACGUUGGACACUUUUGGAAGAUCGAACGCAACGAUAAAUAUGGGCAGCUACGAAAUCGUGUCACCGAAGCGAUCCAAGAUCUUAUCGAAAACUCUGACAUCACCGGUACUGCAGGAUUGGUUAGCAAUCGUGGGAAAGUUGGAAGAAUUUCCGUAGCUGACAAGUACGUUGAUGGUCUAAUUGGACACAAGAUCAUUGUUGUGGCUCAGCGAGACCAUUGGGAAGGACAUCUAAGAUUGAUGGAAGCUUUGAUUUCAGGAGCAUUAGUCAUGACAGAUCCCGUCAUGCAUCUUCCCGCAGGAUACACCAAUGGUGUGAACAUUGUGGUUUAUGACAGCCUUGCUGAUCUUAAAGAAAAGAUUAAGUAUUACUUAUCUCCCGAGGGUUCGGUACUGCGAAAAAAAAUCGCUCAGCAGGGGAAACAGCUGGCAUUGGAGCAUCACAAGCCGGAGGAUAUGUAUCGACGCCUUAUCUUUGGGCACUGGCCCAGAAACUGGUCAUCCCCAGUUAUCAAUCUCAUCUGA